CCCCGCGGUGACGUCAGCAGGACGUAAAUGCAGCGCCUCGCGGCCGCCUCGCUCUUUUCCCUCUCCCGUUCAGUUGGAGCGGUUAGGCCUGUCCUCUGUCCGCGAGACAUCUGACACCAAAGCGCCAACAUGAUCAUCUACAAGUGUGUCAUCACCCAGGAUGAGAUGUUCUCGGACAUCUACAAGAUCACAGAGUCGAAAGACGGGAUGUUCUAUGAAGUGGAAGGAAGGAUGACCACCAGGACAGAGAAGAUUGACGACUCUUUGCUUGGGGCCAACGCUUCGGCUGACGAGGUUGCCGAGGGCCUCGAUGACUCAACAGUCAGCGGAGUGGACAUCGUCCUCAACCACAAACUGCAGGAGACGUGCUACAACAAGAAGUCAUACCUGGUGGACAUCAAAGCCUACACUAAGGCGAUUAAGGCCUGGCUGGAGAAGAACAACCCCGGGAGAGUGGAUCAGUUCAUGAAAGACGCCCCAGCAGCUGUUAAGAGUAUCGUGAGCAAGAUCGACGAUUUAAGGUUUUUCACAGGCGAGAGCAUGAACGCCGAGGGUAUGGUUGGUCUGCUGGACUUCCGUGAGGACGGUAUCACGCCAUUCAUGAUUUUCUUCAAAGAUGGUCUGGAGGAGGAGAAAUGUUAACUACCUGGAAACUACACCUGCUUUUCAAUUGGCUGCUGCUUCCCAAAAGGCCCCACGAGCAGACUGACGGAGCACUAUUUUGCAUCAUGCCUCAACGGAAACAUUCUUGUACAAUUUCUUUAUAUAUUCACAUUAAUGGACCACAGCAACAUCUCCAACGCUGGAAGAAUCGAAUAUGAUUGGUCACUGAAAACAGUUUUUAACUCUUUUCUUUUUGUUGGAUUUUUUUUUUUUUUCUUUGGCCCGAGUUUUUGUGAUUGGAAAAUUAAAGCAGGACAGUGAAGUGUUUUAGCAAUGAUCCAAGAAGUUUACAACCUCCGACCUCUUUGUGUUCAUGGUUAAAUAAGAUUCCAUCAGUGACGAAAAGAUCUCUGGUUAAUCUGAAAAUAAAGUCGAGUACCAUCACUUUGAA